AUGCCCUCCUCUGAGAUGAGGCGAACAACCAGAGUGUUCGGUGUGGUGAAAGGCGGAGACACCUCCAGCGUGUUAAGGUCGGGACGGCGAUUGUGGCCGGAUUGUGACGAAAGAGCCAGUAGGAUGACAAUUGGAGAUGAUUGUGGAAAGAAACCGGAGAAGAAGAAUGUGAAUGAUGAGGAUUGUGAUAGGUUUUUCGGGACAGUGUAUAAUAGAAAGAGAAAAAGAAUCGUGGAGGAUGGAGAUUGUGACAUUUCCGUGUUUCAAUUUCGUCGGGAACAAAGGAUCAUGAUUGAUCCAUCUGUGAUUGUGGCUGUUGUGAAGCCUUGUUACGAUGACAUUAGUUUGUUUUCCUUUUUCUUGUUCGCAGUGUUGACAUGCAUUAUGAGGUUCCGUCUCACAUUCAUGGAUCUCUAUGCUUUUGUUCUCUCACAACCCAUUCGUUCUGUUUAUGCUUCAAGAGGGAUUCAAUUCUUACAGGGUUCUGUUACUGCAAGUGUUGGGAUUUGCCAGUUUUUCGGGGUCACACAGUACUUGCCGUUAUUCUGCGUUGAUUUUUCUGCCAUUCCUCUCUGUUUCAAAUCUCUGCACUCUGCAUUGCUCUUGAGAUAUAUGUUCAGGUCAUGUUUUCUCAUAUACAAUCCGAUAAAUGUUCCUAGAGAUGUCGAGGAGGAAAUUGAUCUUUCAACUGACGAGGAUGAAAUUGAUCUUCUAGCUAUCCUGAUGGAACUGCGGAGUCUGUGCAAUUCCUACAAGAAAGAAGCUUCUGAGAGUAAAACUAUCAAUAUUGCCCCUGAAGUUAUCGUCAUUAGUGACGAUGACAAUCUAUCUUCACAUGGAUCUGUCAAGUGUUCCAAAUUUUCCGGUCAAAAUGUACAAAGUGAAAACGUGAACUCUAACAUCGUUCAAACGAGGAGAACUUCACUUAGGAUAAGGGAACCUCAGAAUCAUUCUAUGAAGAACAGAAGGAACAACACAUUACCUUCUUAUCCAAAGAGCAGACGGGAAAAAAGUAGCGCCGAUGUUGCCUUUGAUAAGAAACAUAAAAAUUCGACUGACGGUUGCACCGGUGUUAGCAUUUCAGAGGCGAAUUCUGCCAUGGAGGAUUCAAAAGAAGCAAUUGUUCCAUCUUAUUGUUGUACAAAUAUACUGAUUGUCGAAACCGACAGAUGUUACAGGGUAGAAAGAGCCGUUGUCAUUUCUGAAGAAAUGUCUGACUCAAGAGAGUGGCACCUCGCAGUAAAGAAAGAUGGGUUGACGUGCUGCACUCUCAAGGCUGAAAAGGUAAUGAGACCCUGCUCUACCAAUCGGUACACACAUAAUAAAAUGGUGUCACUGAUCAACGGGUGGAAGCUAGAGUUUGCUAAUCAUCGAAACUGGAUUGCAUUUAAGAAUCUUUAUAAGGACUGUUCUAAACGUGAAAUUCCAAUUCCUGCUGCAAAAUUGAUUCCAGUACCAGGUGUUUGUGAAGUUCCUGACUAUGCAGACCGUUAUACUGCUCUCUUCAACAGACCAGAUUAUUAUAUAUCUGCAAAUGACGAUGAGUUUGAACGAGCAAUAACAAGGAAAACUGGAAAUUAUGACAUGGAUUCAGAAGAUGAAGAAUGGCUGAACAAGUUCAAUAUUGAGUUUCAAGAACAUGUUUCAGAGGAUAAUUUUGAGUCAAUUGUUGAUGCUUUAGAGAAGACUUAUCAUUAUAAUUCAGAUGAUUGUUAUGAUGAAAAAAUUGCGACUUAUUGGUGUCAGAACUCUGUUAGCAAGAAGGUUAUUGAAGCUUUACAUAAUUAUUGGAUUAGAAAACGGAAACAAAAACAUUCAGGGCUGCAUAGGAUUUUCACGAGUUAUCAAUCAAAGAUAUCUCCAUUUGUUCCCAAGCCGUUGCGGCGAAAGAAGAGAUCGUUUAAGAGACGUGCUAGUAACAGCCAACUUCAACGUGUUUUGCAAUCCAUUAAAAAGGAUCAAGAUGUUUUGGAUGAACAUAAAAAAGCCUUUGCUAAAGUCGAAGCUGCUAAAGAGGCUGCAAACAAAGCGAUGGAACUUGCAAUAGAGAAACGCACAAAAGCUCAAUCUCUUACACACAAUGCAGACCUAGCAAUGUACAAAGCCACAAUGUUAAUGAGAAUAGCUGAAGCAACUCAGGCUGGAUCAUCUGUAGAUGAAGUGGCAGAAAGUUUUCUUAUUUGA